CAAAUUGAUUGAUUUAAAUGAUAUUGGGCGAAUUUCCUCUCGUUUUCAUAUAACAUUCUCUCUCUUCCUGCGUAUUAUUAUCUGAGAGAAGAGGAGAUCACAUUGAAUCAACAAUCGGAAGAAAAUGGCGGAUCAGCUAACCGAUGAGCAGAUCUCCGAAUUCAAGGAAGCUUUCUCGCUAUUCGAUAAGGAUGGCGAUGGCUGCAUUACUACCAAGGAGCUUGGCACGGUGAUGCGUUCGUUGGGGCAGAACCCCACAGAGGCUGAACUUCAGGAUAUGAUCAAUGAAGUUGAUGCUGAUGGCAAUGGGACAAUCGAUUUCCCAGAGUUUCUUAACUUGAUGGCCAGAAAGAUGAAGGAUACUGAUUCAGAGGAAGAACUCAAGGAAGCUUUCCGUGUUUUCGACAAAGACCAAAACGGAUUCAUUUCUGCAGCUGAGCUUCGACAUGUCAUGACAAACCUUGGGGAGAAGCUUACUGAUGAGGAGGUUGAUGAAAUGAUCCGUGAGGCUGAUGUGGAUGGUGAUGGGCAGAUCAACUACGAGGAGUUUGUCAAGGUCAUGAUGGCCAAGUGAGAUCCAACCCAACUGAUUCUAAAUCUUUGAAAGUAUGAAAUAGACCAUAAAAGGAAUAAGCGCAGAUACGUCUGAUUUUAUUCCUAUUUUCUCUUAGAUGUAUUCUUCUGGCAUUAUCAGCUUCAUUUUGGUGCUCACCUGUUUUUCCUUUCGCAUUGAUUUUUAAGUGCUUUUGGUUCUUCAGUUCAGUGUAUGCAGUUUGCGCUGUUCCUUUUUCUCUUAUGGCCAUUAUUUCUUGACAUUUCAUUGUAAGAACCUAAUGCAGUCGGGAUGUAAGUAGCUGCAUCAUCUUUCUGUCUGCUCGUCUCUCUUACUCGGAUUACUUAAUCAUGGAUGCUCUUCUUUCUA